AACAAAGUUGAAAUUUAUAGAGAAAGCAAAUUUUGCUACCAAGUUAAUUAUGCAUGUGAUGGAAUCGUGCAAAUAAGAAAUUGACCAAUAGAAGACGAGAACAAUAAUUGAGACGGUUUUGUUGGACUGGAAAAGGGGUAUUCAUGUCAUCAUGUGCGUAGAUGCAUGUUUUGAACUAUAAAUAUAGGAGAUUGCUCACUCAAUAUUUCACUACACUACCAAAGAGAAAUUAAAUUACCAAAGAGUAUUGAUACGUAGAUUGAGUUCAUUACAUGAUCAUGAAGACAUCGAGAGUUGAGUUUUUGGUAUUUUUCACCAUUCUUGUUAGUUCUUCGUUGUUAGCGGAAGCAUACGAUCCUGAUCCAUUGCAGGAUUUUUGCAUUGCAGUCAAUGACACUGAAGCUACAGUAUUUGUGAACGGGAAGAUUUGCAAAGACCCAAAGAGCGUGACAGCAGACGACUUGUAUUACGCGGGAGCGUUGAAUGAGUCGAGACAAGUAACAAAUUCUCUAGGGACACAAAUAACGUUGGUAUACGACGAGGUCCUAGCAGGCCUUAACACUCAGGGAGUGGCCAUUGCACGUCUCGACUUCGAUCUCAACGGCCUCAAUCCGCCCCACGAGCAUCCCCGUGGGUCGGAGAUAUUUCUGGUAUUGGAAGGCACGCUCUACGCGGGUCUCAUAAACUCCAACCCGGCCAACCCCAACGACAAGAACCCGCUCUUCGCCAAGGUCUUGAAUGCUGGAGACAUCUUCGUCUUCCCGCGGGGCUUGAUUCAUUUCCAGUAUAACAUCGGAAAAACCAAAGCAGUCGCCAUUGCUGCUUUCAAUAGCCAAAAUCCAGGAGUCGUCACCAUCGGUAAAUCCAUCUUCGGAUCUGAGCCGUCCGUUCCUCCUCAUAUUCUCGCCAAAGCAUUCCAACUUGAUGAUGAUAAACUUGUCGAGCAUCUGCAAUCACUCACGUGGACCGGGAAUGUCAAUUAGUUCAAUAUAAUGCAUCAAUAAAUUAAUUAAUAAAUAUGGGUUAAAUCUAAUCAAUAAAACCCCAUCAUGUAUUCGAUCUACUUGUAUUCCAUUUUCAUCAAUUGUUAUAUAUGUCAACUACAUGCUUUUAUAAA